AUGUCUGGCAUGGAAAUGGGACCAAUGGACUUGGAUGAGCAAGUGAACCUGACACUGGAGGAUCACUAUAAAUCAUUAAUAGACUCCAGUAUACCUGUAUGUUGCACAAACGCUACAACUUCAUCCUAUGACCACCUCCCACCAGAUUUGGAAGACAGCACAAAGCUGAUUGGGGUGCAAAUUAUACUAAUACUAGCUUACUGUACCAUCAUUCUUCUAGGGGUUAUUGGCAACUCCUUGGUCAUCUAUGUUGUAUUUAAAUUUAAAACACUGCGUACUGUUACAAAUUUUUUCAUUGCAAACCUUGCUGUGGCAGAUUUAUUGGUAAAUACUUUGUGCCUGCCAUUUACAUUGAUCUACACCCUUCUAGGCGAGUGGAAAUUUGGACAAGUGUUGUGCUUUAUGGUCCCAUAUGCUCAAGGUUUAGCAGUGCACGUAUCCACGGUAACCCUAACUGUCAUUGCUCUAGACAGACAUAGAUGCAUAGUCUAUCACUUUGACACCAAAAUGUCCAAGGAGACUUGUUUUAUUGUCAUUGGCAUUACAUGGAUGAUCAGUGCAGUGUUAGCAAGCCCACUGGCCAUCUUUAGAGAGUAUGGUACAUUCCACAUAUCCCCUGAUAAAUCUAUUCAGUUUUGUACUGAAAAAUGGUCUGAUAACACUCGAGAUGGCACUGUAUACAGUAUCUCAAUGCUGCUGCUGCAAUAUGUGUUGCCACUGUCAAUCAUUUCCUUUGCGUAUAUUCGAAUCUGGAGUAAACUGAAGAACCAUGUAAGUCCAGGCGAAGGGAAUGUUCGCCACCACAAAAGAAGGAAAACCACAAAAAUGUUGGUUACCGUUGUGGUAGUGUUUGCUGUGAGCUGGUUGCCAUUUCAUGCUUUUCAGCUUGGCAUUGAUAUUGAUAACAACAUCUUAGACACAAAAGAUUUUAAAUUAGUGUAUACCAUAUUUCAUGUCAUAGCUAUGUGCUCUACCUUUGCCAACCCAUUCCUUUAUGGGUGGAUGAAUAAUAACUACAGAAAUGCUUUCAUAACUGUGUUUAAAUGUGAGCAGAAGGUUGAUUCGAUCCACCUGGAGGGCCAAGUGAAAUUCAGUACAAAAAAGACUUUGGAAGCAGAAGAUAUAGCCCAUGUGAAUGGUCACUCAGCCAAACGACAUCCCAACAAUGUUUGAAGUUGAUAAGAAGACCACAUACAGUCUGUGGAUAUAUCACUCCUGAAUGUAAUGCUUAAACAUUUGUGUUGUGUAAGUGUCAUAUUACACAAUCUAGUUUUAUUUGAGUGUCUCCACUAUUGCCCCGGUGUUAUCAAUGUACAACAUGCCGAUAAAACACACAUACUGUAAAUGCGUGUACAUUUUUUGUUUCCUUUACUUCCAGUUUCAGAAAUCCAGUUUAUUCUCUCAGAUGAUAAUUACCAUGUUCUGUUACAAAGAACUACAAUAGUUAGUAAAUUAAUAUCUGAACUUGCUUCAGACACAGUCCAUUAAUAGUUACAUUGCUGUCAAUUGUGUUUUUACUGGGGAUUUCAGGUGGACUGCAUGCUAGGAAAUGGGAAAUGUUAUGACUAUAAUUGUGCAAUUUGAUGAUGUUGUUUGUAAAGUGCAGGCUUUUUUACAACAAAAGUCUUGGCCAUUCAUGUUGAGAAAAUACCCUGAAUAAAGCACUUGAACGU